AUAUGCAAUUGUAUCAAAUCAGAACACCUUCUUCCUUCACCCGCUUCAUCUCCGUCGUCCGCGCCGUUAAUAACUUCCCACUCCUCCGCUCUCGGUGGCUUCACCGGCGUGAGGCUGUGCCCUGCCAUCCAAGUGUUCGACAAAUGGCCCAAUCAAGCUGCUGCCUCUUCAGCUUCUACAGUGCAAGCCGGCUGGUGUCCAACGGCGGACCGGUGACCGGCCACUCAGCAGUGCGGCCAAUGUGGGUGGUGCUCCGGUGGUUUAUGCUUCCAUGUGAAUCGUUGGAUUCAUCCAAGGGACAGAAACACUGCUGGAAAAGGAUUGAUAGAAUUUGGUUCUGGUGAAGAUCCACAUCCAUACUCUCUAUGGUUUAUCGUUUGGUUGGAUUAUUCUGAAUGGAGAGUGCAAGAAUCACCCAAUGGACAAAUCUUCUAGUAUGCGUACUACUAUUUCUGAAGACAGAAGGAGGUUUUGUUCCACUCACUCGUCUUGAUAAAGCUGUACCAAAAGGAGCUGUUUGUUUAGAUGGAAGUCCCCCAGCAUACCAUUUUGAUGAAGGGUCUGGAGAAGGAGCUAACAGCUGGCUUGUUCAUCUUGAAGGAGGGGGAUGGUGUAACAAUGUCACCUCUUGCCUCUGGCGUAAGGACUCUCGUUUAGGCUCAUCUGACCUAAUGACCGAGCCACUUUACUUUGCUGGAUUUUUAAGUGAGAAGCAAGAGUUCAAUCCAGAUUUCUACAAUUGGAACAGAAUCAUGGUUAGGUACUGUGAUGGGGCAUCAUUUACUGGUGAUGUAGAGGAAGUUGAUCCAACAACCAAUUUGCACUUCAGAGGAGCAAGGAUUUUCCUUGCUGUAAUAGAAGAUUUACUCUCAAAAGGAAUGAAUAAUGCUGAAAAUGCUAUUCUCUCUGGAUGUUCAGCAGGAGGAUUGGCUACUAUUUUACACUGUGAUCACUUUAAAUCACUUUUACCAGCAGGAACCAAAGUGAAAUGUGUUCCAGAUGCUGGUUAUUUUAUCAAUGUAAAGGAUAUAUCAGGAUCACAAUACAUUGCAGAGUUCUACAAUGAAGUUGUUGCAACACAUGGCUCAGUAAAGAAUUUGCCUUCAUCCUGCAUUUCAGAACGCGAUCCAGGGCAGUGCUUUUUCCCACAAUAUGUGGCCCCAAAUAUCAAUGCACCAAGCUUCUACGUAAAUGCGGCCUAUGACUCGUGGCAGAUUAAGAACAUCUUGGCACCGGGUGCUGCUGAUCCCCAGGGCAGGUGGCAAAGCUGCAAGGUUAAUAUAAACAACUGCUCACCUGAUCAGCUAACUACAAUGCAAGGCUUCAGGUCGGCAUUCAUAAAUGCAUUGAGUGUGAUAGGCAACUCUCCAUCAAAUGGAAUGUUCAUAGACUCUUGCUAUGUUCACUGCCAAACAGAGGCACAGGAGACGUGGUUGACAAGUGAUUCUCCACAGAUUUCUAACACAACACUUGCCAAAGCAGUUGGAGACUGGUUUUAUGAGCGAAGUACAUUCCAAAAGAUAGAUUGCAGUUACCCUUGCAACCCUACCUGUCGUAACCGCGUAUUUGAUCCACAAGCUCACCCUGGAAUUUAAGAUUCAUUCAAUCAGUAUAAUGUCAUUCCUAUAAACCACACAUACUAUUUAACUGGAUAUUAUAGAUGGAGAAACUAAGCAAGGAAAAUAAGUGAAGGAUGCCAUUGCUUGGAGCUUGUUUGUGUGCUUGUUUGGUGUUACUACUGUCAUACACCUUAUAAUAUAGUGUAUUAUGCUAUUGCUAAUUGGUGUGUCUCCUUUACUAUGUUGUUACUUGUUAUCAACUAUGUAAAUCGUUCAAACCGUUAAAUGUAAUUGCAUGAGUGAUUUUAUUA